CGGGGUCUCGCGAGAGCGCGGGGCCGUGAGGGGAGGGCGCGGCCAUGGCGCAGCCCCGGGUGCUGCCCCAGAGCAAGGAGACACUGCUGCAGUCCUACAACAAACGCCUCAAGGACGAUGUCAAGUCCAUCAUGGACAACUUCACCGAGAUCAUCAAAACCGCCAAGAUCGAGGACGAAACUCAAGUUUCUCGAGCAACCCAGGGUGAACAAGAUAACUACGAGAUGCAUGUCCGAGCUGCAAAUAUUGUCCGAGCUGGUGAGUCCCUGAUGAAGCUUGUGUCUGACCUGAAGCAGUUCUUGAUCCUCAAUGAUUUCCCCUCUGUGAACGAGGCCAUCAACCAGCGCAACCAGCAGCUGAGGAGUCUGCAGGAGGAGUGUGACAAGAAGCUGAUUGCACUGCGGGAUGAGAUCUCCAUUGACCUGUACGAGCUAGAAGAAGAAUAUUACUCUUCCAGCUACAGUCUGUGUGACAGCAAUGAUCUCCCGCUGUGCGAAGCCUACUGGAGACAAGACUUUGCCACGCUGUCCCCCGAGAGCCUCUCGAUGCCUCUGGCAGCUGCCACAGCCGAGCAGAGCGGUGCCACCUCGCAGAGUUCCACCCCGUCGCACCCCCACGUGAACGGGCACGGGGCGGGCCCCGCCGAGCAUUCCUGAAGAAGCUCCGCUGCAUUCCUGAAGAGGAUCCGGGCGGUUCAUCCCGGGAUGGCCCCUGCUGCAAGUCUUCCUCCUGCUGUGCUGAGCAGGCGGCUCCUGCUGUCGGGAGGAGGCACUGGAGCUGUGCUGGCAGGGCGCUGCUCCCUGCAUGGCUGCAGUGCUUCCUCCAUGCCAGGACCUUGCCAGGAGCGUUCCUGUCCCUUAAGAGAUAGAGUUAUGUAGACACAAAGUGAAUCUCAUUUGCUUUAACGUGACAGUUCUGUGUAGAGUUCAUUAGAAGUCUUAGAAGUUUGUUUCCAUGUGAGUGUUGGGAGUUGAAUUUCUUUGGGAUAAACUUGAGCCAAAUGUGGGGGCAGUGAGCGUGUUGGGGUUUUUACUCUGCUUCCCAUGGUUAUUGACAUUCUGGCUGCUUUAAAGCUCUCUCAGGAUGGCAUCUAACAACCUCUGGUCUACUGUAAAGAGUCUUAUAGUAUUUUUACACAACAGUCUUCACUGUCAAAAUGCUUUACAAACUUGAACUCUUGAUUUGGAAGGAGGUCUCGCAGGAGACCCUUAUGGAAAAGCAGUGUUCCCCCCAUGGAAGAACAGGGAUCAGACUGAGGGAUCAAUGACACCACUUGCUCAAAGCCACAAAGAGAAGCAGCAUCAUGCUUUAGUCAGUUGAUUCCUUCCUCAGUGUUUACACAGAAAUUCCUGUUAAUGCAGUCUGAGCUAACAUGGAACCACUGUUUAUGUUGGCUUUUAGUUUUGUCUAAUGAAAAAAUCUUGAAAGCAGUGAAGAAUACUUGAUUUCUCUGUUUCCUUCCAAAGAAACACAUUUGGUGCUUGGUCUGCAGCUGUUCAGCAGCUCAGCACAUCUUCUUUCCUUUUGUUGUGGCUCUGCCUUGGCUCGAGCUGUGCAGCUGAAAGGGAGACGCCACUGAACUGAACAGUGUCACCACAGCUCGGUGUCACGGGCACCAGAGAGCCACCAGGGCAUUCCAACAACUGAGCUGAGCUUCCCCAGCUUUCUGCUGUAAUGUCUCAUUUCUUAGGAUGUGAAUUUUUGCUUUUUUUGUUUGUUUGUUUCUUUUUCUUCCAUUCCAUUUAUUUUUGUAAUUAGGUGACUGAAUAAAAAUGACUGUUUUGUAUAA